GUGGAGAGCACCCGGUCAUUGGUGGGCUGAUCUGUCAGAAAGUGUCAUGCGAACACACUGGAAUGCACUAGAUAUCAGGGUAAAGAGGGUGGUUGGAGACUUUUGGCAAGUCGUGUAGGCACCACGGUCACGAAUAGGGGCCGGACUAUCAAGGGAUUUAUUCUGUCAGAUUCAUCGACACUGGAAUUGCUUUUUCAGGCCUAGUGUGCCUCGGGCAGAUCCGACAUGCCUGUCCUGGCUUCUUUAUCCGCUCAAUAAUAACUACUCCGUACAGUACAACAACAAAAGAUGGGGAUGGAAAGGAUCCGGAAGACUUUCAUUCUGCCCAUCACGUGGCCAUCCAUAACAUUCUUGGAUGGUUUCGAGGCUCAAUUAUUGACAGUCUGGAAACCUUGUCCGAGAUGGAGAUUCUCAUCAAUGUCAUCCCUAUUCAAUGAUCGACUAAUGGGCCUUAUUCUAAUGGGUUUCUACUGGCACUACUAUUCCUUUAGCAUGUGCUGCCCCUUUUAUACAAAAGCAAAUACUUAGUUACACCUAGAUUAUAGACAUCCUCCGAAAAACCUGAACUUUGAGACUAACUUCGAGGCUGGAGUUAAUUACCAUCUUGUUGACUCGCUAUAGUACUUCAGAU